AUGUUAGAAAGAAUGCAAGGCCAUACUAGACACUCACGACUAACAAUGCCUAAACCAAAUAAAAAGAAAGCCAUAGUUAUGGUUGAUACAUCCAAACUUGAAGAAUUAGACAUGGAUGAUGUAUUUGCAGUUGAAACUGAUAUUAACAAAUUGAGGGGGUGUGCCAUGUGUAGUGCAUUAUCGAAUAGAGGAUAUUUUUUAAAACAAAAUCAAGAAAAGAAGUACCACUAUGAGAUUCGUGCACUUCCUGGACAUUUAGAAGAAAGAAAAAAAGUAGAAAAAGUAGCAAAAAAAGAAAGUGUAAGACAAAGAAGAAAUAGAAAAAGAAUGAUUGUUGAAAAAAGUGAUGAUGUAGAAAAGAAAGAAACAUUAAAUGUGUCUGAAGAAGUUAUUAGAGUUUCUCCAAAGUUAGAUGGAAAUGAUUCAGUUGAUUCUAAAAAAAUUAAAACAUUUGAAAACGAAAGUUCAAAAAGAAAAGUUCAAAAAAAGAGUAAGAUUUCUGAAGUGCAAGAAGAUAAAAAAGAAAAAAAGGUUAAGAAAAGAAAAGGUCUAGGUAAUGAAGAAAUGACAGUAACUUUAAACCUUGAUAAAGCAUUAUUAGGAAUUGAUGAACAACUUACUAAUUUCGAAAAUCUUCAAGACAUAAAAGGUAUAAAAAGAAGAGGAAGAAAACCAAAAACACAACCAAUUACUGUCUUACAAAAUACAUCACAAAGUACUCUUCUUACUACACCAACGCCUCUGAAUGCUCAAGGAAUUCCUGUUUAUAAACCAGAACGGUUACCAAAUAUUAAAAAGCCAAUAUCCCAAGAAGUUCUUCCAUGUAGACAAAUAUUAAAUCACCUAAAACUCUUACCAGAAGCAAGUCCUUUUUUAACACCAGUUGAUCCAAUUGCACAAAAUUUACCAGAUUAUUAUGUUGUUAUUACACAUCCAAUGGAUUUAAAUACUAUUACAAAGAAAUUUAGGUAUGGAAUUUAUGAACAUAUUGAUGAUUUUGCUAAUGAUGUACGGUUAGUUUUUAAAAAUGCUAUGAAAUAUAAUCCACCAAGAAAUACAAUUCAUAUAUUUGCAUCAACAUUAUUGAGAUAUUUUGAUGAUCAAAUUAAAGAGAUAUAUGAUUGCAGAAGGUCUAUCAAAGUUAUCUUUAAUCAGGAUGAACAUAAUUAUUGGAAUGACCAAAGAGAAUGGAUGGACUUUAAACAAAGUAUUGAAGAACUAAAAGAAGAACAAGGAAUUCUUCCUCUAAAAAUGGAAGAAGAACGAGUUAUACCACUUUCAUUUGAAGAAAAAAUUGAGUUAAGUAAAAGACUUGAGGAAGUUGAAGGAGCUAAACAAGAAGAAGUAUUAAAAUAUCUAAAAAUAGACAAAGACGAAGGUGAAAUAGAAAUUAAAUUUGAAACAUUAAACGAACAAGAUUUGAUCAUGUUAAAUAAGAUUGUCUCACCUUGUAAUUGA